AUGAGAAAAUUAGAUUUAUUUUCUCGCCAUGGUUUUGAUUUAACAUCUUCAUUACAAAUUCUAAUUGAACUAUAUGUUCGUUGGUUAACAAAAAAUUCAAAUAAUUUUUUUAUUCAAUUAAAAUAUGAAUUAAAAGAUUCAUUUAUAUAUCUAUCGGAUUUAUUUCCAUCAUUACAACAGUUAUCAAAUUUAUAUGAUUUAUGUGAUGAAUAUUUUCGUAGAUGGUUUGAUGAAGAUGAUUUAAUGAUAUCAUUAAUAAGUUAUAAUUUAUGUAAAUUUGGUAUAUUACUUGGACAAACAACAAAAGAAUAUAAUGAAUUAUACAUAUGUUUAAUUGAACACAAUUUUAAAUUAACUAAAAUUCAUGCAUGUGUAUCAUGUUUAUUUUUACUUGAAAGUCAUGACGUUGUUUUAAAUUCAUAUGAUAUUUUAUUAUUAUUAAUUAAGGAUGAUAAUUUAACACAAAAAAAUUAUAUCAAUUAG